AUGGCGCAGCAGCAGACUUCCGAUUCAGGGACACGUGAUCAAUACGGCGGCGUUUUCAGCGUCUCCGGUGAUGACGUGGCAAGAGAGCAAAGCGUGAGCAUCUCUCAACCUGCUCCAGCGGUUGUGACGACGAUGGGAUCCGUAGAUACGGUUACGAUCGGGGAGGCUUUGGAGGCUACGGCUUUGUCGCUUGGAGAUAAGCCUGUGGACCGUAAAGACGCGGCGGCGAUUCAAGCGGCUGAAACGAGAGCCACCGGUGAGUUUACCACUCGACCCGGUGGUCUUGCGGCAGCGGCUCAGGAGGCAGCUGCGACUAACGAACGGACGGUGUUGGAGGAAGGCAAAGUGACUAUUGCAGACAUUCUCACAGAUGCGGCAGAGAAGCUUCCGGGAGAUAAGAUGGUGACAAGGGAAGAUGCGGAGGCGGUGGUUGGAGCAGAAAUUAGAAACAGUCCGGAGAUGAAGACAACUCCUGGUGGUGUGGCAGAUUCCAUGUCGGCAGGGGCAAGGCUCAAUCAACAACUCUAG